GAAACCAGAAAAAAAAGUUUCAGGAAGUUACCUUAGAGCAGUGAAACUGGCGAAUAUAGAGCUUUACAAUCAGACAAGAGUACAUAAUAAUUAUAGAAGCGUUGCAUUUAUAUAGCCCUCUCACACACGGGAAAUAAUUUGGCAUGUUACAUCUUUGCUAAACAAAACAACAUGAGCAGCUUUUAAGCCUCUAAUAGGCACGGGUCUGUAAAUUAGCUGCGCUUAGCAGCCAGGAAGUACAACGCUCCAGUUACAUCAUGCAAAGAAUGCAGGCUGGAGACAGACUUAAGAGACCAGAUCCGCUGUGCGAAUCACCUUGCAGCGAUGGAAAUAAGACUCAUAUUGCAUAGCAGUUUCACCCAAUUCCAGGUUUUAAAACUGCGCGCACUGUUUCUGUGUCCUCCCGGACUCCUCUCCGUGACCCCAGCUCUGCCAGGAUGAGUCGCGCCCCCCCCCAGCAGAUUCAGACCAGUGGCCCCUGGGAGAUGAAGGAGCGUCUGGGGACGGGGGGCUUUGGAAACGUCAUGCGAUGGCAGAACAAGGACACACAGGAGCAGAUCGCCAUCAAGCAGUGUCGUCAGGAGCUGAGCCUUCGUAACCGCGAGAGGUGGUGCCUGGAGAUUCAGAUCAUGAAGAAGUUGAAUCACGUCAACGUGGUGGCAGCGCGGGAGGUUCCGGAGGGGCUGCAGAAACUCAACACCAACGACCUGCCGCUUCUCGCCAUGGAGUACUGCCAGGGAGGGGACCUGCGCAAGUACGUGAACACUCUAGAUAAUUGCUGCGGGAUGCGGGAGGGCUCGAUUCUGAUCCUGCUGUCAGAUAUCGCCUCAGCGCUGCGCUAUCUCCACGAGAACAGGAUCAUCCACCGUGACCUGAAGCCGGAGAACAUCGUGCUCCAGCAGGGGGAGCAGCGGCUGAUCCACAAGAUCAUUGAUCUGGGCUACGCCAAGGAGCUGGACCAGAGCAGCCUGUGCACCUCCUUCGUGGGAACCCUGCAGUACCUGGCUCCGGAGCUGCUGGAGCAGCGCAAGUACACAGUGACGGUGGAUUACUGGAGCUUCGGCACCCUGGUGUUCGAGUGCAUCACAGGCUUCAGACCUUUCCUACCCACCUGGCAGCCUGUGCCCUGGCACACCAAGCUGAAGCAGAAACAGGAAGAUGACAUCGUGGUUUAUGAAGACCUGAGUGGAGAGGUGAAGUUCUCCAAACACCUUCCCUACCCCAACAACCUCAACAGGUUCCUCUUGGUGAAGAUGGAGUGCUGGCUGCAGACCAUGCUGAAGUGGAACCCCCAGAAGAGGGGCACAGACCCCAUGUACGGACCCAACGGCUGCUUCAAAGCGCUGGAUGACAUCCUGGGACUGAAGCUGGUUCAUGUGCUCAACAUGGUGAGCGCUGAGAUCCACACCUUCCCCGUCACGGACCGGACCAGUGUGCUGGAGCUGCAGGAGCGAAUCGCCAUGGAGACGCACAUCGAACCAGCCAAUCAGGAGCUGCUGCUGGAGGCAGGGCUACCCCUCGACCCCCAGAAAGAGGCUGCAGAGUGCGCCGUCGACUACAAGUUGAUUGAUGGCCGCCGGACGGACAUGCCGCUGGUCUUCCUGUUCGACAGGAGCAAGAGCAGCUACGAGCCCCAGUUCAGCCAGCUGCCCGUGCCAGACAACAUCAAGUUCGUGCAGACAGACCCGGAGAAGGUGCUGCCGUACAGCCCGCUGAGACGCAUGUGGAGCCAGGCAUGGCACACCACCCACACCCUGAAGGAGAACUGGCAGCGCGUCCAGCAGGGGCAGAAAGCAGCGCUUAUGAGCCUCUUGCGGCACAAUGGCACUCUGUCCAAGCAGAAGAAUGAGAUGAUCUCCAUGCAGCAGCGGCUCAAGGCCAAGCUGGACUUCUUCAAGAGCAGCAUCCAGCUGGACAUGGAGAAGUACCUGGAGCAGAAGGGCAGCGGCAUCGCCUCAGAGAAGAUGAUUUCAGCUUGGAGGGAGAUGCAGCAGGCAGCGCUGAGCUGUGGGCAGAUGGAGGAGGUGACUCACCUGGAUGUCCAGAUGAUGGCGCUGCAGACCGACAUUGUGGAUCUGCAGAGGACUCCGUCAGGGUGGAAAUACGGAGACACACUCGAUGGGCUAGAGGCGAAAUCCAUGGAGCUGUAUCGCAGACUGAGGGAGAAGCCUCGAGACCAGCGCAGCUCCGGUGACUGCCAGGACAUUGUGCGUCUCGUGGUUCAGGCUGUGCAGAUCUACGAGAAGAAGCUGAAGGAUUUCUACACACACCUCAGGUAAUGUGCGCUGUGCCGGGCUGGGGUGGGACCAGCAUGCACUGCAGGGGAGCUCCGUUCUGCUUUCAGUUACCGCUUUGUAGUUCUCCAGAUACUUCACAGGGAAAAAAUGACAACAGUGGAAAAAUGUGGCAUUUCGAAACCUAACAUGAAAUACUACUCUACUGCUAUUGUGACUUCUUUCAGGUAGACUUUUGCGAUUUUGUAGUUAAUUUAUUACACAGUGUUACGUGAAAGAUCUAAAUUAUGU